AUGACUAACCUCAGAAAGUUGCAGUUUUUUAACCGGCACCUUCAUAGAAUCUAUCUUUCUGCGUUACGAGCCCCCCUCGUAAAUAGACUCCCCAAGAACGGGCUCCUAACGAAACCCUUUUUAUCCCGUAUUUUCCCCAAGUUCAAAUCCCUAAUUGCCCCCAAAAUGGAAGCCAACUUCUCCAGCCUUCACUCAGAAUUACCUUCCCACUUUUUGGGUCUCAACUCCGUCGAAAGAGCAGAUGCGGGCCCCGUGACUGACUUUGUCAGAGCGCACGAAGGUCACACCGUCAUCACCCGUGUUUUGAUCGCCAACAACGGUAUCGCCGCCGUCAAAGAAAUCAGAUCCGUCCGUAAAUGGGCUUACGAGACCUUCGGCGAUGAGAGAGCCGUCAAAUUCGUGGUGAUGGCCACUCCAGAAGACAUGACCGCCAACGCCGAGUACAUCCGUAUGGCCGACCAAUGUGUCGAGGUCCCGGGCGGAACCAACAACAACAACUACGCCAAUGUCGAAUUAAUUGUAGAGAUCGCCGAGAGAAUGGACGUCCAUGCCGUUUGGGCCGGUUGGGGUCACGCCUCCGAAAACCCAAUCUUGCCUGAGAUGUUGGCAGCUUCCCACAAGAGAAUCAUAUUCAUCGGUCCUCCCGGUAGUGCCAUGAGAUCAUUGGGUGACAAGAUUUCCUCGACAAUUGUUGCUCAACACGCCAAGGUCCCAUGUAUUCCAUGGUCUGGUACUGGUGUUGACGAGGUUGUGGUCGAUACUGCCACCAACCUUGUUUCUGUCGCUGACGAUGUUUACGCCCAAGGUUGUUGUACCGGUCCAGCCGAUGGUUUGGAGAAAGCUAAAAUCAUCGGUUUCCCAGUCAUGAUCAAGGCCUCUGAAGGUGGUGGUGGUAAAGGUAUCCGUAAGGUCGACAACGAGAAGGAUUUCUUCAACCUUUAUAACCAAGCUGCCAACGAGAUUCCAGGUUCUCCAAUCUUCAUCAUGAAGUUGGCUGGUGACGCUCGUCACUUGGAGGUCCAAUUGUUGGCCGAUCAGUACGGUACAAACAUUUCUCUUUUCGGAAGAGACUGUUCUGUCCAAAGAAGACAUCAAAAGAUUAUUGAAGAGGCCCCUGUCACAAUCGCCAAGAGAGAUACUUUCCGCGAGAUGGAAAACGCCGCUGUUCGUCUCGGUAAGCUUGUCGGUUACGUUUCCGCUGGUACUGUUGAGUACCUUUACUCUCACUCCGAUGACAAAUUCUACUUCUUGGAGCUUAAUCCCCGUUUGCAGGUCGAGCAUCCUACCACCGAGAUGGUCACUGGUGUCAACUUGCCUUCUGCUCAACUCCAGAUUGCCAUGGGUAUCCCAAUGCACCGUAUCAGAGAUAUCAGAUUGAUGUACGGUGUGGACCCACAUCUGUCAACCUGUAUUGACUGGGAGUUCAAGUCCCCAGACGCUGGUUUGACCCAACGUCGUCCUCAACCAAAGGGUCACUGUACUGCUUGUCGUAUCACCUCUGAGGACCCAGGUGAAGGUUUCAAGCCUUCCGGUGGUAACCUUCACGAGCUUAACUUCCGUUCUUCCUCGAACGUUUGGGGUUACUUCUCGGUGAACAACACCUCCAGUAUCCACAGUUUCUCUGACUCCCAGUUCGGUCAUAUUUUCGCCUUUGGUGAGAACAGACAAGCUUCCAGAAAGCACAUGGUUGUUGCCCUUAAAGAAUUGUCCAUCAGAGGUGAUUUCAGAACCACCGUUGAGUACUUGAUUAAACUUUUGGAGACUCCAGACUUCGAGGGUAACACCAUCACUACCGGUUGGUUGGAUGAGUUGAUCAGCAAGAAAUUGACUGCUGAGAGACCAGACCCAGUGCUUGCCACUAUCUGUGGUGCCGCCAUUUUGGCAUACUCUCAAUCCGCCGAGGACUUAGCAGAGUACACCGCUAACAUCCUGAAGGGUCAAGUUCCUCGUUCUUCUGUUCUCAGAACCAUUUUCCCAAUUGAGUUCAUUUACGAGGGUCACAAGUACAAGUUCACCGCCACCAAGUCUAGCCCUGAGCAAUACAACUUGUUCUUGAACGGUACCCGUGUUGUCGUUGGUGUUCGUCCUUUGAGUGAUGGUGGUGUUUUGUGUGCCGUGAACGGUCUCUCACACACCGUUUACUGGAAGGAGGAGCCAUCUGCCACUCGUUUGUCUGUCGAUGGUAAGACAUGUCUCUUGGAGGUCGAGAAUGACCCAACCCAAUUGAGAACUCCAUCUCCUGGUAAGCUUGUCAAGUACUUGGUUGACAGUGGAGAACACUUGACUGCUGGCCAAGCUUACGCUGAAGUCGAAGUCAUGAAGAUGUGUAUGCCGCUCAUCACCCAAGAGUCUGGUGUUGUCCAAAACAUCAAGCAACCUGGUUCCACCUUGAACGCUGGUGACAUCUUGGCUAUUUUGCUGCUUGACGACCCAUCUAAGGUGAAGCAUGCUUUGCCUUAUGAGGGAACCUUGCCAGACAUGGGUGAGCCACAAAUCCAAGGUACCAAGCCAAUCCAUCAAUUCAACCGUUGUGCUGGUAUUCUUGCCAACAUUUUGGGUGGCUACGACAACCAAGUGAUCAUGAAGCAAACCCUCCAUGAGAUUAUUGAGGUCUUGCGCCUGAAGGAGUUGCCAUACUCCGAAUGGCACUCUUUUAUCAGUGCUUUGCACUCUCGUUUGCCAAUCAAGUUGGAUGAAACCUUGGUUUCUACCGUCGAGAAGACCUUGGCCCGCGAUGGUGAGUUCCCUGCCAAGCAGCUUUUGAAGAUCCUCAAGAAGGCUGAGCAAGAGAACGCUAAAGACGCUCUCUUCAGCAGUGUUGUCGCACCUUUGGUGGAAAUCGCUGAGAAGUACGCCGGUGGUUUGGCUGACCACGAGUUCAAGUACAUUGCCUCUCUUAUUGAGCAAUACUACAAUGUCGAGUCUCUCUUUUCCGGUGGAAAGGGUGAGGAAGAUGUUUUGUUGCGUCUCCGUGACGAAAACAAGGAGGACUUGCCUCGCGUUGCUAGCGUCGCCCUUUCUCACUCUCGUGUUUCUGCUAAGAACAACUUGAUCUUGGCCAUCUGUAACAUCUACCAGCCAAUCUUGCACGAGAGCUCUGCUACAGUUGCAAGCCCUGUCCGUGACGCUCUUCGUCAUAUCGUUGAGUUGGAGGGACGUGCUACUGCUAAGGUCGCUCUUAAAGCCCGUGAGAUCUUGAUCCAGUGCAGUCUUCCUUCCAUCAAGGAGCGUCUGGACCAGUUGGAGCACAUCUUGCGCUCUGCUGUCAUGCAAACCGCCUACGGUGAGGUCUACGCUAAGUACAGCGCUCCAAACCUCUCGGUUUUGUCAGACGUUGUCGACUCCAAACACACUGUGUUUGACGUCCUCAUGCAAUUCUUCCUGCACCCCGACCAAUGGGUUGCAAUGGCUGCUGCUGAGGUUUACAUCAGACGUUCUUACCGUGCUUACUCUUUGGGUCACAUGAACUAUGACUUCCACGAGUCUGAGAAAUUGCCAAUCUUGUCCUGGAAAUUCCAAUUGCCAUCUCUUUCCCAGGCCAGUGCCUUGGUCCCAAGAAAGGAUCCAUCCGGUAUGAACCGUGCUGCUUCCGUUUCUGACUUGAGUUUUGUCAUGGACACUAGUCCUGGCGCUAACACCAGAACUGGUGUUUUGAUUCCAGCCCGUCACUUGGACGAUGCCGAUGAGAUGUUGCUUGCUGCUUUGGAACGUUUGGCUCCAAAGGACACCAUCAGCUUUUCUGCUAGUGCUGGUGCUCACGGUCAAGCUGCAGCUGCUCCUGCCAACACCCCAAUCAAUGUCGUCAACGUUGCUAUCUGUAGCACUGAGGGCUAUGAGAGUGAGGAGCAAAUCUUGACCAAGAUCAAGGAGAUCAUCGAGGAGUCUCAAGACGACUUGAAGAACGCUUGCGUCCGUCGUAUCACUUUCGUCUUCGGUACCACUGCUGGUUCUUACCCUAAGUACUACACCUUCACCACUCCAGCUUACACUGAGAACAAGGUCAUUCGUCACAUUGAGCCAGCUCUUGCCUUCCAGUUGGAGCUCGGAAAGUUGGAGAACUUCGACAUCAAGCCAAUUUUCACUGACAACAGAAACAUCCACGUUUACGAGGCCAUUGGUAAGAAUGCUCCAUCUGACAAGCGUUUCUUCACCAGAGGUAUUAUCCGUACCGGUGUUAUCUCUGAGAAGGUUUCUGUUUCCGAGUACCUUAUCGCUGAAAGUAAUCGUCUUAUGUCUGACAUUUUGGAUGCCUUGGAGGUUAUUGACACCUCGAACUCGGACAUGAACCAUAUUUUCAUCAACUUCUCUGCUGUUUUCAACGUUAUGCCAGAGGAGGUUGAGGCUGCUUUCGGCUCCUUCUUGGAGAGAUUUGGCCGUAGAUUGUGGCGUUUGAGAGUCACUGGAGCUGAGAUUCGUAUCUCUUGUAUCGAUCCAAGCACCGGUCAACCAUUCCCAUUGCGUGCCAUCAUCACCAACGUCUCUGGAUAUGUUGUCAAGGCUGAGUUGUACAUGGAGAUCAAAAACACCAAGGGUGAUUGGAUCUUCAAGUCUAUCGGUACCCCAGGUUCUAUGCACUUGCGUCCAAUCUCCACUCCUUACCCAGAGAAGGAGAGUUUGCAACCAAAGCGUUACAGAGCUCACAACAUGGGUACCACCUACGUUUACGAUUUCCCAGAGUUGUUCAAGGAGGGUGUGUUGAGUCAAUGGAGACAACAGCAAACCGAAGGUACGGAGAAUGUUGCUGUCCCAGCCGACUUCUUCAGAUCUCGUGAGCUUAUCCAAGACGAUCACGGGCUUUUGACUCCUUGUGAGAGAGAGCCUGGCUCGAACCGUAUUGGUAUGGUUGGUUUCUUGAUUGAUGCCAAGACUCCAGAGUAUCCUCGCGGCCGUCAAUUCAUUGUGAUUGCCAACGACAUUACUCACAAGAUUGGAAGUUUCGGUCCUGAUGAGGAUGCCUACUUCAACCGCUGUACCGAAAUGGCACGCAAGAUGGGUAUUCCUCGUAUCUACUUGUCGGCCAACUCUGGUGCUCGUAUUGGUAUCGCCGACGAGCUCUUGCCUUACAUCAAGGCUGCUUGGAACAACCCGGAGGACCAAGAGCAAGGUUUCAAGUAUUUGUACAUGACCAACGAGGACUUGGAGCGUUUGGAGGCCUCUGGUCAAUCCAAGUCUGUCAUCACUGACCGUGUCGUUGAGAACGGUGAGGAACGUCACGUCAUCACUGCUGUCAUUGGUAUGGAAGAUGGCUUGGGUGUCGAGUGUUUGAAGGGUUCUGGUCUUAUUGCAGGUGCUACCCUGCGUGCUUACAAGGACAUCUUCACUGUUACCCUUGUCACUUGUAGAUCUGUCGGUAUCGGUGCCUACCUUGUUCGUUUGGGUCAACGUGCCAUUCAAAUUGAGGGCCAACCUAUCAUUUUGACAGGUGCUCCUGCUAUCAACAAGCUUUUGGGUCGUGAGGUCUACUCGCUGAACUUGCAAUUGGGUGGUACCCAAAUUAUGUACCGUAACGGUGUCUCCCACUUGACUGCUUCCGAUGACUUUGCUGGUAUCCAGGCUAUCUUGAACUGGAUUUCCUACGUCCCUGCCAAGCGUGAUGCUCCAAUCCCAAUCUUGAACAGCAACGAUCCAUGGGAUCGUGACGUUGAGUACAAGCCUACCAAGGAUGUUGCUUAUGAUGUCCGCUGGAUGAUUGAGGGUAGACAAUUGCCUCACAGUGACGAUGCUCCUAACGGCGGCUUCGAGCCAGGUCUUUUCGACAAGGACUCCUUCCAGGAGACUUUGUCUGGAUGGGCUCGUGGUGUUGUUGUUGGACGUGCUCGUCUUGGUGGUAUCCCAAUCGGUGUUAUCGGUGUUGAGACCAGGGCUGUUGACAACCUUGUUCCAGCUGAUCCAGCUAACCCAGACUCCACCGAGCAGACCAUUCAAGAGGCUGGUCAAGUUUGGUACCCUAACUCUGCCUUCAAGACUGCUCAAGCCAUUAACGACUUCAACUACGGUGAGCAAUUGCCACUUAUGAUCUUGGCUAACUGGAGAGGUUUCUCUGGUGGUCAGAAGGAUAUGUACAACGAAGUCUUGAAGUACGGAUCCUUUAUCGUUGAUGCUUUGGUCGACUUCAAGCAACCAAUUUUCACAUACAUUCCUCCACAUGGUGAGUUGCGUGGUGGUUCUUGGGUCGUCGUUGACCCUACCAUCAAUAGCGAUAUGAUGGAGAUGUACGCAGAUGUGGAGAGUCGUGCAGGUGUUUUGGAACCAGAGGGAAUGGUCGGUAUCAAGUUCAGACGUGACAAGUUGAUUGCCGCUAUGGAGAGAUUGGACCCAGUCUACAAGGAGCUCAAGGAACAGAGCAAGAAGGAUAAGGAGAGUGGAGAGGACGGCACCAAGACUCUCGCCAAGUUGCAAGAGCGCGAGAAGCAAUUGAUGCCUGUCUACCAGCAAAUUUCUGUUCAAUUUGCUGACUUGCACGAUCGUUCCGGUAGAAUGGUGGCUAAGGGUGUCAUUACCAAGGAGAUCCAAUGGCGCGAUGCCCGUCGUUUCUUCUUCUGGAGAUUGCGUCGUCGUCUUAACGAAGAGUAUCUUUUCAAGAAGAUUGGCUCGAUCGCAGAGAAGAGCCGUUUGGAGAAGGUUGCAAGACUUAAGUCUUGGAUGCCUUCUGUGGACUACGACAAUGAUGAAGCUGUCAGUUUAUUCAUUGAAGGCAAUCACACCAAGUUGCAAGAGAAGAUUGAUGAGUUGUCUGUUGAGAAACGCAGACAAGAGUUGCACUCUUUGCUUGGCAAGGACAAGCAAGGUGCUGAGAUGGCCAUUAAGGAGUAUUUGGCCGGCUUGAGUGAGGAGGAGAGAAGCGCUUACUUCAAGUAA